ACGGGAUUUGAGCGAAAUGUUGAAGGCAGUGGAGAGCGUAGAGCGGAGCUGUCCGAACGUCGACGAUCCGUCGAAUUUGGAGUCUUUCUGGCAGGCGGCACAGGCGGCCAAGCAGGCGCAGGAGGAGCUCCGAGAGCGUGAACGCGAACGGGAGUGGCGCGGCGGGGGUUGUACUACCUCCGCCGGUGGCGGUGAUGGUGGGCACAGUAACAGCAAUCGGGGUAACAACAGCGGGAAUAAUUACGAGCGGAGUUGUAAUGGAAUGAACCACGGUAGUAAUUUUAACCGUGGGAAGGGGCAGACGAUCCGCGCGCCGGGGUUCGAAAAGGAUUACGGACGGAAUGGGAAUAACCGGUACAAUAACCAUGAUAACAACCGGUCGUACAAUAACGACGGCUCGUCCUACAACGGCAAUAACAUGAGUCGAACCAACACUAUCACGAGUUCGAAUGGAGCUGGCGGUGGCACUAAUUACAACAACACCAAUACGAGCACCAGCUACGGGGGAACGAUGUACAGGACCAACUCGCCCCACCAACAGCCCCACCACGGUGGUUCCUCUGGCGGAGGAGGACAUCAUUCACAUCACCACCACAAUAAUCACAACUCGGACAGGAGCCGCAUGGUCACCUUCGACGACAUUGCCAACGCUCCGGCCAGCGCCAAGCGGUGCUCUCCGCGGAGCAACUGCCACAACAUGAAUACUAGCAACAUCGUCCCGCAGCAUGGGGAACUGAUCCAGGCACCGCUGAGCAAGCGGAUGAACAAGAAGGUGGAUAGUACUAAUUUGGACAUUGAAGUGCCCGAGUGGAUGUCGGACUUGUUGAAGUCAGAGGCGGGGCGGGGGCCACCUGCUCGGGGUAACGGCGAUGAUGACGCGAAAAUGAAGGCACUGGAACAAGUCACGGUGAAAGACAAGGAGGUCGUGGUAACAAGCGUGUUAAGGAAAAACGAUGCAGGAACAGGAGCUACUGCAGUGGACGAAAACGAGGCGAAAGAAGGAAAUAAAGAACAUGCUCCUGAAGAAGGGAAAACAGAGGAGGAAGCUGUUGGGGGCGAGCAGCGUGAAGAUCCUUCCGCACACGAAGAAGCAAAGAAGGACAUCACAUCGGAGCAACCGGAUGCGGAAGGUAGUUCGGAGGCUGUUCCUCCUGAACAGAGUCGCGAAAUGCGUACGAGGAGCCUGGAAGAACAUGGUAGUACUGAUACCCCCGGCGAGGAACUACAGAAGGAGCCGGCCACGUCCUCCCGUGAUGAAGAGCAGAAGGAGCCGGAGCCCGAAGAUUGCCAUGUUGAUAAAAAUGCCAAUGAAGCAAAUGACAGCGAACCUGCGAAUAAAACCAUUGAAGACAAAGCUGCUGCUGCUGCAGCAGUAGCCGCGGAAGAUCUUGAGGAAAAGCACAAAUCGGUUGUGCAUGUGGACCAAGAGGAAACAAGCAGCGAGCAGUUGCAGGAGCGCACCACCUCCACGUUGGCUGUUUCUUGUAGUGCAUCGAGCAGUUGUGGAGCUGCGUCAAACACCUCUUCCGCUGACGAAGCGAGUUGCGAUCUCCGUAAGGACGAGGAGGAACCACAGCCGGCAGCGGAAGAAGAUCAGGACAACUUGACUAACAAAUCAAACUCUAAUGGAUCAUCAUGCGGCAACAAUCCUUUUCUCUUACCUCCCCCGGUUCUUGGACCUAGUACAACUUCUGCUUCCGCCAUGACUUCUACCACUUCACCCGCUCCGGCGCAGGAACGUGGUGAGAACAGUAGCAAAUCAAGUUCUGGCGUUGACCAAGACGCGACGCCCCCGGUUGAUGUUCAUGGUGUCGGGAGGUCGUUGCAGCAAGACGGAGGAGCAAGCAGGAGUGCGGACAAAACCAAUAAAUCCUCCAGUUCUACCAGUACUAGUACCUCGAAUAUUCGCCACGACGACUUUGACGGGAUCCGGAUUCGUGAUCAUGCGGGUGAAAAGUGGCAGCCGCUGGUGCUCGACGACGCGAGCGGCUCGCCGGCGACGACUGCGGGCGCGGAGGAGAUGGAUGACACGGAGAAAAAGCAACUGAUGGCGUUUCUAGCCAGUGAGGAGAACAACAACAAUCAAACCGGCGACCCGAGUUCUAGCGCAAGCAACCGCCGCAAACACGAGCAGGAGUUCCAUGGUUCUUGUUCCGACAAUGGUUCAGGAGGUUCUUUUCCUUUUCAGCAUUAUCAGGGCGGUAGUUACAGCAACUACCCCAAUAUCAACUACGGCAAAAAUUUUUACACUGGUGGAAAUAACAAGAUGACCGGCGGGGGCUACAGCACGACGCAGCGUCUGAACGAUCAUCAUUACAACGGCAGCUCUAGUACUUCGAUGCGAAACAAAUACGGAGGUUCCGGCGGCUACAAUAGCAGCCGUUCUGGCGAUCGCGAUCACCAGCAGUAUAACCAUGGAAAUAACAGCAUGUCUUGGUAUGAUGACGUAAGUUACAGUUGUGCGCCAGGCGCGUCUUGUUCUAAUGGAGCCUCAGGAGCUUCCUGCUCUCCCAGCGCAAACGGUUUGAACACGAGCUUUUCCUCCGCAAACGUUGGGGAGCAUGACGAUAUCAAGAGCUGUAGUUCGACAUCCGGAUCCGGAACCAAUUCAAAUCCGCCCGGAACAAAGCAGCUCUUCUUUCCCCCGCCACCGCCGCCAUUCGGCUGCGUGAAUGCCGGAGGCGCGAACAGUGUUUUCGCACCAGCCAA